AUGGGAAACACCAAAUCCGAACUAGAUUUAUUGAAACAGGAGAAUGCCAGACUUGUGGCUAGAAUCAAAGAAUUGGAACAGAUUGCGAAAGAAAAGGAUGAGCUCGAAGAAAGUGCCAGAUGCGAAGCUGGAAAUGUUGAGCUAAAAGCUGAAUUAGCUAAAUUAAGGCACUAUUUUGAGGAGCUCAAACAGCAAACUCAAGUCAUUACUAAUGUGCAAGACACAUCUUCUAUUGGUGGAGCCAGCACAACUGAAAAUAUCUCGCCUAAUUCAUCACCUAAUGAAGAUCCCUCUAAUGAGAGGAUUUUGCAUAACAAACAAUCUAUUGAUUCCAAGCCUUUAGAGCAAACACAGAACACCAUUUCUUCUGAAAUAAAUUCUGACAAUACUCCAGAACAGAUGGAAAAUACAUCUGAUAAUGUGUCUAAUUCUGAUGUAUGUCAGAAGUUGAUAGCACAAUGUUCUACAUCAUCUAUCUACACAGAGACUAAAUCGUUAGAAGAUAAGGAGAUCAAUGAUUUUCUGGAUCGAAAAGCAAAGGAAAAGCUUAGUGAUAUAAUGAGAGAUAGAAACAGGGAAAAGAAACUAUUACGAAAUAACGAAGAUUCCAUUUCUUGGACUCAAGAGGCACAAGGUACCAUUUCUUCCGAAAUAAAAAUUCCCUAUAAUCAAAAAGUAGAACAAGGUUUAAUGCAUGAAUUAUCUGCAUUUAUCAACAAGAAAAGCCUUUCUAAUCCUAUAUCUGAUAAACGAAUUACUGAAAAUAUGUUAGAUGGGGAUUAUCUGACUCCAGGUUCUGCACUACAUUUGAAAAGGUUAAAAACUGGUCAAAAAGAAAUUUUACGUUGUUCAAAAAAAAAUAUUAAUGGUCAAAAGGCAAGAACACAGUUUUAUGAUGAAAUGGAACCAUACCUUCCUGGUGUUAAGAGAGAAUAUUUGCAUGAGAUGACCCAAAAAGCUAAAAACAUCUAUACAUUAUUUAAAGGGAUAGGAAUAGAUAAAAUUGAACACACUAUGUAUAGUGCUGAUGCUAUUUCUAGACUAACAGAUGCACAAAUUCAAAAUAUUAUAAAUCAUUUUCCUAAAAAGUCUACUAAUUCAAAAUCUGAAGUAAGUAUUUCAGCUGAGCCAAAAAAAAAAUCAGGAACCGAGUUAAAUCAUAGUGUAGAUAAGGAAGACGAGCAUCAAAGUAAUACUUAUUGGUACUGUCCAAUAUGUAGAAAAAAUCAUAUGAAUUUACAAGAGCCAGGAACUUCUAUUGAUGAGGUAUUAGAAGCUUAUCCUGAAAAUUCAGAACCAAUUCAGGAGUUAAAAACUCAAUGCUUCACAUCACCUAUCCCUUGGAAUCAUGCUCUUAAAUUUCCGAAUAAAACCAUAACAGUGGAAGCAUAA